AUGGAGUCGAGUUCGGAGUUGGUGAGAUCGAUUGAAUCGGCAAUCGGAGUGUCGUUAGGGAGCGAUGCGGUUUUGAUGCUACUUACGACGUCGUUUGCAGUCAUUGUUGGGUUAGUAGUUUUCUUCUUGAAGAGAUCAAGUGAUCGGAGUAAAGAAGUUAAGCCGGUCGUUUUCCCGAAGUCGUUAAACGUUGAACCGGAGGAGGAAAUUGAGGUUGAACCUGGUAAAGUUAAGGUUACCGUGUUUUUCGGUACUCAAACUGGUACUGCUGAGGGUUUUGCCAAGGCUUUAUCAGAGGAGAUAAAAGCAAGAUAUGAGAAGGCAGUUGUGAAAGUUGUGGACAUGGAUGAUUAUGCUGCCGAUGAUGAUCUUUACGAGGAGAAGCUGAAGAAAGAAACAAUUGCAUUUUUCAUGGUGGCAACCUACGGGGAUGGCGAGCCAACUGAUAAUGCUGCAAGGUUUUACAAGUGGUUCACUGAGGGACAAGAACGGGGUGUGUGGCUGCAGCACCUUACCUAUGGCGUUUUUGGCCUGGGUAAUCGCCAAUAUGAACACUUUAACAAGAUUGGGAAGGUGAUAGAUGAACAAUUGAGUGAACAAGGUGCAAAACGUCUAGUGCCUGUGGGCCUUGGUGAUGAUGAUCAGUGCAUUGAAGAUGAUUUUUCUGCCUGGCGAGAACAACUGUGGCCAGAACUGGAUCAAAUACUUAGAGACGAGGAUGAUGCUAGUUCUGCAUCCACUCCAUAUACAGCUGCAAUUCUUGAAUAUCGUUUGGUUAUCCAUGAUACCACUAUGAGUCUCGAGGAUAAGCAUGCAAGCAUGGCUAAUGGUAAUACCACAUAUGACAUCCACCAUCCGUGCAAAGUAAAUGUUGCUGUUCAAAGAGAGCUUCACACACCCGAGUCUGAUCGCUCAUGUAUACACUUGGAGUUUGAUAUAUCUGGCACUGGGAUUUUCUAUGAAACAGGAGAUCAUGUGGGUGUUUUUGCUGAAAAUUCUGAAGAAACUGUGGAGGAAGCUGCAAGAUUGCUGGGACAGUCAUUAGACUUAACAUUCUCGAUUCAUGCUGACAAGGAGGACGGUACAGCUCUUGGAGGCUCGUUGCCCCCACCUUUUCCUGGUCCCUGCACUCUGCGUGCUGCACUUGCUCGUUAUGCAGAUCUUUUGAAUCCUCCGCGGAAGGCUACUUUGGUUGCAUUGGCUGCCCAUGCAACUGAACCUAGUGAAGCAGAAAAGCUCAAGUUCUUAGCAUCUCCACAGGGCAAGGACGAGUAUUCUCAGUGGGUUGUUGCAAGUCAAAGGAGUCUUGUUGAAGUAAUGGCUGAGUUCCCUUCAGCGAAGCCCCCCCUUGGUGUAUUUUUUGCAGCAGUUGCUCCCCGUUUACAGCCUCGUUACUAUUCAAUCUCAUCAUCUCCCAGAUUUGCACCUGCUAGAGUCCAUGUAACCUGUGCACUAGUCUAUGGUCCAACUCCCACUGGCCGAAUUCAUAAAGGAGUGUGUUCGACGUGGAUGAAGAAUGCAGUUCCUUUGGAGAAAAGUCACAAUUGCAGCUCUGCUCCCAUCUUCAUUAGGCCUUCUAAUUUCAAAUUACCAUCUGACCCUUCAAUUCCAAUUGUCAUGGUGGGGCCUGGGACUGGUUUGGCACCAUUUAGGGGAUUCCUGCAGGAAAGAGCAGCAUUGAAGGAAGAUGGAGCUCAACUUGGUCCUGCUUUAUUGUUUUUCGGUUGCAGGAAUCGUAGAAUGGAUUUUAUUUAUGAGGAGGAGCUUAAGAGUUUUGUGGAUCAAGGUGUAAUAUCAGAGCUGAUUAUUGCAUUUUCAAGGGAAGGGCCGCAGAAAGAGUAUGUUCAACAUAAAAUGAUGGAAAAGGCCUCCGAGGUUUGGAGCUUAAUCUCCCAGGACGGAUAUCUAUAUGUAUGUGGGGAUGCAAAAGGGAUGGCCAGAGACGUACAUCGUACACUCCAUACCAUCGUCCAGGAGCAGGAGAAUGCGAACUCAUCCAAAGCAGAGGCUAUUGUGAAGAAACUCCAAAUGGAUGGAAGAUAUCUCAGGGAUGUGUGGUGA